UCAGAUAAAGGAGAUUGGUCGGAGGAAAAAGGAGAUAGUGCAUGCCAUGGAAUAUUAUGAUUUUCCAGAUGAAAAAAUACAAUGGACAAAGUUAUAUCAGAAGCCCUCUUCUAGUGGUAAAUCGACGGUGAUAAAAAGGCAAUUAAUGGUUCGCCCUCACUUUCCUCCUGUGUAUCGUGAAUGUCAAAGGCCUGAUCUCAAUACCAUUUCAGAAGUAGUAGUCAUUGUCAGAGAUGUAUGGAAGGUGGGAGAUUUGGUUGAUUGGUGGGCUGAUAAUUGUUAUUGGUCUGCUAGGAUAACGAAAAUAUUAGGGGACGGGAAGGCCCGGAUUGAUUUGCCACAACCUCCUCUGGGUGAGGGAUCAUCCUAUGAAGUUUCCUGCAGCGACCUACGCCCAUCCUUGGAUUGGUCUCCGAAUGAUGGCUGGACUGUUCCUAUUCCUGAGAGAGAAGGCUGUGCUCGGUUAAUCAAGCCUGUGAAUCAAGGAGGCUUGGUAAAGUCGAUUGCCCAUUCUGUUGAUGAAGUGAGAAAGGAUGCUCAGACAACAGCUGAAGGGUCAACUGAUUUUAAUGCGUCAUUCUCUUCUCAUGUUUCAGCUAGUUCACUACCCCCUAUAGAAAUAUCAGAAAGACUUGCGAAGCGACCUUUUGGUCCUCCUGCAUGCCAGGAAAUUCGUACACUGGAAAAAAAGAUGGGCUUUGAUGUGUUAGAUGCUGGUAAUGGAAAAUCUAGUUAUUCAGAUAGUGUGUCAAGUUCACAUGUUCGAGAUGCAACGGCUGAAAUGGCAGGAACUGCUGCUGAGAAAGACAGUUGUCAGAAUAGUGGAUCAUCAAAGAAGGCAAGAAAUGAUGGAACCAUUCCUUUAAAUUCUUUGUGUUCUGAUACAAUAGAAGCAGCAAUCUUAGAUUUGGAGGAGCUUGUAAACCGGGUGAAAUGGAUUAAGGGUAUUUUACAGAUGAGGAAUAAUCCUCCAUUAAAUGCUCUGCGGCCUUCAUGGAAAUUUUUGGAACAUUGUUCAUCGUCAUCACCAAAAUGAUUCCCUUCUCACAGAAAGAAAUUGCGCUAGUGUCGAGGCUACGUUGAAUCUACAGUCAAGCUGGGACGUGCAAUGCCUGCAUAUAAUUAUACUGACUUCUCACUACCACACAUCUUAGAGGGGAAACUAAUUUAGCAGAGGAAGGAUUGUGAUGGAAGUAUCAAUUCCUGAAGAUGUAUACCCUUACAGUGCGAGCUGUCAGAUCUGGUGAUUUGUUUUCGUUGGAUUGAACAUAGCGUCUAUCUUUUGCCUGCUAUUGCUGCCGCUCCGUAUUGUUCUGCAAACCUCUAAGAAAAUUCAGAGUUAGGGGAGGGUUACUUUUAAUAUUCAAAUACAUGAAUAUACAUUUUGUGUAUAUAAUCCUUUCAAAUUUUAUAUUUUUGGCGAAAGCAUGGUCUUAUAACAAGCUUUUUGGAUUCCAUAUUUUACUUUUAGUUGUCCUAUUUACAAU